GGGAGGGAAACAGUCUCCCCACGCCACGCGGAGUUCGAGCCGGAGGACCGGGGUGGACGACCCGUUCCCCUUCCCUUCCCCUCCCCUCCCCUCCCCGCCGGCUGGAUCCCACGGUGAGGCUGCCCUCUCCUCCCCCGACCCCGACGGACUGCUCAUCGGCGGGGGUUUGCUUUGCUUUCUUGGCCCGACCAAGAUCCAUUCCCAUCGCACGUCUGGUUGCCAAGAGCUAGCACUAGCUUCCUAGGUUGGCUGCUGGAUCUGAGUGAAGUGGGGGUGGAGGAGGAACAGGUUAAGCUCGGCUCCUAAUCCUGCGUCGCCGACCAGCUUGACCAAUCCAAGAAGUAGUAGGGUUGCUUCUUGUUUGAUCCUACUAGUUUGAUGUAUUUGUAUUAGCUUUUGCUAGUUCAAGCUAUUCGAUUCGUUCGAUCGCUUCACGAUUGUGUGGGGGUGUGGGGAUUCAUUCAGUCAGUGUGCAACCAUCAACCAUCAUCAUGUGGAGGCUCAAGCAGUUGAUGCCCAGGGAGCAGCCCUCCGGGCUCGAGGGCCGCACCGUCGAUGUCGGGAACGUUAGGGUGCACGUCCGCGAGCCCAUCGCCGAGGGCGGCUUCUCCUGCGUGUACCUCGCCAGGGACGCGGCCAGCCCGGCGAGGCAGUACGCUCUCAAGCACGUGGUGGUGCAGGACGAGGACUCGCUCGGCCUCGUCCGCAGGGAGAUCACGGCAAUGAGGUCGCUCAGGGGCCACCCCAACGUGGUCGCGCUCGUCGCGCACGCCGUGCUGGAUGCCGGCGGCCGCGCGAGGGAGGCGCUGCUGGUCAUGGAGUUCUGCGAUAAGUCGUUGGUCGCUGCCUUGGAGAGUAGAGGCGCUGCCCAUUUUGAUGAACAGGAGGUGGCUGUCAUCUUCCGGGAUGUUUGCAAUGCUGUCUUUGCGAUGCACUGCCAAACGCCGCCUAUUGCCCACAGGGACCUGAAGGCUGAAAAUGUUCUUCUUGGUGGUGAUGGGGCCUGGAAACUAUGUGACUUUGGUAGUGUUUCAACCAACCAUAAGUGCUUUGAUAAACCUGAGGAGAUGGGCAUUGAAGAGGAUAAUAUUCGAAAGCACACAACUCCUGCAUAUAGAGCUCCUGAGAUGUGGGACUUGUACCGGAGAGAGGUUAUCAGCGAAAAAGUAGAUAUAUGGGCUCUUGGAUGUCUCCUGUAUAGAAUCUGCUACUUAAAAUCAGCAUUUGAUGGAGAAUCAAAGCUCCAGAUACUUAAUGGGAACUAUCGUAUCCCGGAGUUACCAAAGUACAGUUCCCCCAUUACAAGUCUGAUCAAAGACAUGCUUCAAUCUUCUCCAGAUGCCAGACCAGACAUUACACAGGUGUGGUUUCGUGUCAAUGAGUUACUUCCGCUGGAGCUUCAAAAGGAUUUACCCGAUGGAUCUCCAUCUGGAUCAGCGUUUGAGUCACAUACUACUGAGGAUGAAGCACUGAGGAAACCGACCAUUUCACCAUCAAGGGACAAUAUGAGGAGCCAAUCCCCCGAGUAUUCUUCCGAUUUGAGGUCUCAUGGUCCUUCAAAACCUGCUGAGAGCAAGGGUUCUAUGGGUGCGUUUUGGUCAACUCAGCAUGCCCAAGAACUGGCUUUUGUAGAUGAGAAGGGAUCAGAUUUUGAUCAAGAGCCCACACAUCAAAUCAGCUCAAUGCAAUCACAAGCAAAGAACCAUAACACUCCAACGCAUAAUACAUAUCGACAAUCUCUUUCUGCCUCAGUUGAUAGCUCGCCCGGGGAUUUCGAAAUUAGGUUUUCUCCUAAUGGCUCGGAAUAUGGGCUAGAGAAGACCAAAGAAGCAAAAAUAGAAAAUAAAACCACUGUACAGGCUACCAAUUUUAACUCUUUUGUGGCAGACUUUGAUAAUGUUAAAGUGAAAUUGCAAAACAAUGUAAGUAGCUUGAAUGCAACUCGUAGACUGAAAGAGCAGAAGCUGGAGGCUGAAGUAAAUUUACUUAAGGAACAAUUGAAGAUAGCAAACUUAGAGAAGGAAGAAAUUUCAUUGAAAUUUGAUAAACUGUCAGCCAUUUGCUCUUCUCAGAGGAGAGAGAUUCAAGAACUUAAACAAGCCCUAGCUACAGCUUCUGCUACGCAGUCUGCGAAAGAAUUCAAAGAAAAUCCGAAGGCUGAACUCUCCCCACCCAUUACAAGCCUUGAUACUCCGCCAAGAGAGAAGAUUGAAGGUACUCCUCCAGAACUGCGUCAAGGUCUAUUUACGUCAAGCCCAGGGACACCGAGCCCUGAUCCAAAGCCAUGGUCAGCUUUUCCUGAAGAGCCAAAAGCUCAAGCGGCUGUGACCGUGAAAAGUGCCCACCCAAGGUCAGUUCGCACUCUGCGGGCAUCAAACAGCAACAAAGCCAGCUCCCUUGGACAGUCUAACACAAGCUCUAGUGCUGACCCGUUUGCCUUCGGUCAAGAUAGCUUUAAGGCAGCGCCUUCUCAAGCCGCACCUUCCAAGAUGUCAAAUUUAGGGAAUGGUUCUCAGUCUUCCAAGAUGUCAAAUCUGGGUAAUGGCUCUCCUUCUCUGAAUGCUCUGAAGGCCGAAGCAAGGCAAGAUUCACCCUACCAACCGGCUGGAUGGACUGGAUUUUAAUGUACUGUUGUCAAUGAAGAUACAGUGAUACAUAUGCCAGAAAUGUUAGGAAAUAUGGUCAUAUAUGUUAGUGAGGGACUAGGAUCAAGAUGAGUUGGUACAUAUAUGGUGGUAUUGACAAAAAGCACGAUGAAGUGCGCAUCCCAGGUAUGCCAGAAAUGAUGUAACUAUGUAGGUAUGUUCGGUGAUGGUUCUGUAUAAUUUUUUUGGUGCUGGAUUUGCAUUGCAAAAGCAUCGAUCUGUAACUUAGGGCACGUGUAAGUUGUAACUUGCACAUAUUUACUGAAACAUGGGUCAAGAAAUACAUAAUCAGCUCUUUUUCCCUCCCUGUAGUCGAUAGCUUGUUUUACAGAAUCAGAUACUAAUCU